AUGUUAGAGGCUUCUGAAAUACCUGCCUAUAAGCUCUUUAAUGUAGGGGCCGACGCUGGAGUGGAGAAGCAGAYUGGUGAUGGRYUGGACACAGACUUCAGUGGRUUCUCUGUCCCUYUUGAGCAUUCCUUUGAAGUUGAUGAUGUGUCYCGGUUCCGUAUGCGUGGAGCUCUGCAGUUAAGGGGUGGGAGGGAGACCAGUGUGUCCCUCUCCCAGAGCCAGCUAUCAGAGGAGGACAGGAACACUCUGAAGGAAGUGGCUGYUGUGGAUGGUCUGUACAAAAUCCGAGUGCCCAGAGUGUCUUUGACAGACAGGCAGACAGAGCGUCAGAUGGAUGGCUACCUGACGGCGUUCGUCAGAGCGUGCUCUUUAGUUGAGUCCCACCUCAGCGAUGUCAUCACCCUCCACACUGAUGUCUCUGGCUACCUCAUCGGYGUUUCCAUAGUGACCAUUCCAGGCGCGUGUCGGGGGACAGAGGUGGAGGACGAAGUUGAUCUGGAGGCCUUUAACACUACGCUGACCAUCAUAGCGCCUACCAAUGCACCCCAGCCGGAGACUGCUCUGUUUAUUGAGCGCAUGGACAUAGAACAUGAAAAGAGAGGCAAGCCACAGGAGCAGAAAUCCUUCUUUGCCAAAUAUUGGAUGUACAUUGUUCCCCUCGUUCUCUUCCUGAUGAUGUCAGGAGCUCAGGAUCAGUCCGGGGGUGGAGCAGCUAAUGGAGGAGGCCGAUGAUCGCCGUGCCAACAUGAUUUAUGUGGAGCAGUUUCUUCUACUUGUAAAUAGUUAUGUAGAGAAAUGCACACCAUUCAACACACAGUUACACAUAGACUAAUAUGGACAGAUGAGCUAACCUUGAGAACGUAUGUCAUGAACUUCAUUUUUAAUAUUGAAGUGAUGGGAAAAAUAAAAUAUUUAUUACUACCUGAUAACUGUCUGACUAUGGUAUUGAUAGCCACUAGCCAGUAUGAUGCCGCUGGAUAUGUAUUCAAGAGUGGGGUGGGUGGGGGACGCUGAGUAAAGAGAGAAAUGGGAGUUGUUUUCAGUCUUCUCUACUCCACUAGAUGUCCUCUUUCUCUGCCCAUCCAGAAUGAUGCCUUAUUAAAGAUUCGUUCAACGUUAAMGCAAUUCGAUGGAGGRUGACAAAGGGAAAUUGACGCUUUCGUGAACAUGUCACCAUGGACAAUAUUUGCAGCAUUKUGUUWGUGGUAAUUCUUWAAAGUACAUUGUGUAAUAGCUGUAGACAGUAGUGUAAUAAGGUGUGUUUAGCUAUUGCAGUGUCAGAGAACUGUCAUUCAGAUCACAUACCCUGUCCUGCCAUUAAUCUCUAUUUUAUUGCAUGGCUUGACUGCCACGCAUAUUCAAGCGGGGAAAAAAUUAAACCACAUCAAUGCA